AUGCAAGAUCUCAACGGACCCGUUGGCCAGGGCGCCCCCAACGGCGGGCCUGCCAACCGCUUCGGCCACGCCUCCAAGCCCUCCAACAGCGACACUGGCUUCUCCCAUGGCGCCUUCAACUCCAACAUCUCGGGCUUUGCCGAACGACACCCGCGACGAGGCAAUAUCCCCGCCAUCAACACGCAGCCUCAGCCCAUGACCCAGCAGCCCUCCAACAAUGGAGUGGACAUGGCCACCCCGGGAACUGCAUUUGACAUGCAGUUCACUCCUCUUCUGCCCUCGCAGCUGUUGCUCGGAAGCCCCUUCCAGCCUGGCACCCCCGCUGCCUUCGCCAGCCCUCAAUUCCAGAGUCUUCCUGGUUUCCAGCCCCAGCAGGGAAACAACCAGCAGCAGAAUGGCGUCUCUAGCCCCGUUCAGCAGACCAUCUCGCCUCAGUCUUACCAGGGUAUUGUUUCUCCUUCUACCUACGGCGCUCCUCAGUUCUAUCCGCCCCAGUCCCCUACUGGCGGCUUCAGCAUGCAGGCUCCUCUCCCUCCCACGUCGCCCGUCUCGAUGGGAUCCGGCGUUGUCACUGGAACCAGCCGAACUGUUUACUUGGGCAACAUCCCCCCUGACACAAGUGCUGAGGAGAUUCUUGGCCACGUGCGCAGCGGCCAGAUCGAGUCGGUCCGCCUCCUGCCCGACAAGAACUGUGCCUUCAUCUCGUUCCUGGACGCUAGCUCUGCUACCCACUUCCACUCUGAUGCCAUCUUGAAAAAGCUCUGCAUCAAGGGUCAGGAUAUCAAGGUUGGUUGGGGCAAGCCUUCCCAGGUGCCUACCUCGGUUGCUCUGGCUGUCCAGCAGUCGGGUGCCUCUCGAAACGUGUACCUGGGUAACCUGCCCGAGGAGGUGUCCGAUGAGGAACUGCGUGAGGAUCUUGGCAAGUUUGGCGCCAUUGACACCAUCAAGGUCGUCCGUGAGAAGAACAUCGCCUUUGUCCAUUACCUCUCGAUCGCCAAUGCCAUCAAGGCCGUCUCUCAGCUCCCUCAGGAGCCCAAGUGGCAGGCCCCUCGUCGCGUCUACUAUGGCAAGGACCGCUGUGCCUAUGUUUCCAAGACACAGCAGCAAAAUGCGGCUCAGUACCUGGGCAUUGCUCCCGGCUACGCCCACAUGCUUACUGGUGCUGACCGUGACCUGAUCUCGAACGCCCUUGCUCAGCAGUCUGUUGCUGCCGCCGCCGUCGCCACCACUGCUGGAGGCAUCAACAACCUUGGCAACCGAACCAUCUACCUCGGCAACAUUCACCCUGAGACGACCAUUGAGGAGAUUUGCAAUGUGGUCAGGGGUGGUCUGCUCCACCAUAUCCGCUACAUCCCCGAUAAGCACAUCUGCUUCGUGACCUUCAUCGACCCCACCGCUGCUGCCUCCUUCUACGCCCUCAGCAACCUUCAGGGCCUCAUGAUUCACAACCGACGCCUCAAGAUCGGCUGGGGCAAGCACUCGGGUGCUCUCCCUCCGGCCAUUGCCCUUGCCGUCAGCGGUGGUGCUUCGCGAAACGUGUACAUUGGCAACCUUGACGAGACCUGGACUGAGGAGCGCCUGCGACAGGACUUUUCCGAGUAUGGCGAGAUCGAGCUUGUCAACACUCUGCGUGAGAAGAGCUGCGCAUUUGUCAACUUCACCAACAUUGCCAACGCCAUCAAGGCUAUCGAGGCCAUCCGAGGAAGGGAGGAGUACAAGAAGUUCAAGGUCAACUUUGGAAAGGACCGUUGUGGCAACCCACCCCGUCAAAUGCAGCAGUCUCAGUCCCCUCGCGGAGAUGGCGUCUCCUCUCCCCCUCCUAACGGAUCUCAGAACAGCGGCUCUCCCACAAAUGGCAACACUCCUCAGCAAUCUGCCACUCUCUUCAAUGCCAACAACAACCCCCUGACCAUGUAUCUCAACCAAGUGUCUCAACAAGCUCAGCAGCAGCAGCAACACCAACAACAACAGAUUGCUGCUCAGCAGAGUGCCCUGUUUGGCACAGCACAGCCAUCGCCUGGUGAGCUAGGCCUCGAUGUUCCCCAGCAGGUCCCCAUCUCGGGCCACGGCCAGUCGGCAAGCAUCUCCAACGGCUACCCUGCCAACGGUGCUACCUCUGGUGCUACAACCAUUGGCGGCAUGCUGGCUCCUGGCCCUCGCGGCCAACACAACCGGGCAGUCAGCCUUCCGGUGCUUGCUCCCGGGUUUGAGAAUGGCGGCAACAGCCCCAACGGCAUGCCUGGCGCUGAGAAUGAGCGACGUGGUCACCACUACCAGGCCAGCUUUGGCGGCAUGGGCUCUGGAUUUGGCCUUGCCAUCCAAGGAGGUCUGAACGGAUGGGUUGAGGAGGAGGUUGCCAACUAA